AAUGUUGAUUGAGUAGAUUACCGAGGUUGCUUACUUAUGAUUCCUUCUUUAUGUUAUGUGCGCAUUCUAUUGCUGGCGCGGUUUUCCGUUGAAAGAAAGGCACCGCGAUAUUUUUUCUGCCUUUUGAGUUUAAACUUUUAUGGACACUUUUCCGUCGGGGAGUGCCUUUUGCAUUGUUAGACUGGUGGCGGAUUUUUAACAGGAAGCGCCUUAAUUAAUUUUUCUCCUAUAGCAAAAUGGCCGUAGAAGUUUUCUUUAUCUGAUGCAGUCACCAACAACAUAGUCUUAGCGAGUUGCUUCGCCGGUUUUUCAGCGCACAGUGUGGACGACCAGGAAACCAAGAUUAUGGAAUUCACUUUGCCAGUACAUGACGAUCGUCACAUUAAGAGGCCGUUGAACUCCUUUAUGGUAUGGGCCAAGGAACGAAGACGAGAGAUGAACAGAGAUAACCCAAAAAUGCGCAACGCCGAGAUUAGCAAAAUCCUUGGAGAGGAGUGGAGGCAGUUGUCGGACGAAGUGAAAAAGCCUUUCGUUGAAGAAGCCAUACGCCUCAGGCGCCAGCACAAGAUCGAUCAUCCAAACUACAGGUACAGGCCACGACGAAAGAACCGCCUGGAAGCCAACGGAGAAAUUGUUCAACGUGAAGGAUACCGCCAACCGUUGGCUCUCUAUCCGAGCGCUGGUGCCACUUCGUCUGGAUUUCUGGCCCAUUCCCUACAUCAAGACUAUAAAUCAGCAAUGUUUCCACCCCGGUUUGCCCAUCACGACAAGCCAAACUUCCCAAGCGAACACGCUUCAAAGCCCGGUAACAAUUCAGCGGGUUACAUAGCGCCAUUUCCAGUACGGCCAUCCGAUGUCCCAUCUUGGAAUGGGUAUUUGUCACCGGCAACAUCACCUUAUUACUUUGAUCCACCCCGAUUCACCAUGUCUUAUGAAAGUCCCGUGCGAGCAAUCCAUCCAGGAAGGAUAUCACCUGUUAAAGAUAAGCUGCCAAGCCCGAACAACCCGGGCAUGACAGGAAAUCAUUCCACUACCUGGCCGUACUUUGCCCUCAAGGCAGAACUGCAAUACGUCUAAAUACAGUUUUUUUUUCUUUUUGUAAUCACGUGGUUUAUGUGUUUUCUUAGUUACUUUAAUGCUAUUACCAAACAAAAAAAAUUGUAGUACGUGGUUUUUUAUGUUUAUUUAGUUUUCACUUUAAAGCCUCAUUGUGUGAUUUUGAAAUUAUUUGACUUUGCAGUGCACCGUAAAUGCUAAUCAAACAUUGGCAAAUGUUGAUCCAUGUUUGUUUUGAUAAUAAAGCCUGAAAUGAGUUCAGCUUAA